AUGGAGCGGCUGCUGCUCUUGCGUCCAUCCUGCAGUGAAGCUGUGCGGCACCAAGCCCGGCUGGAGAUGGUUUUCCUUAUUACGCCAUGGCUUGGUGCGAUGGGCUCCAUAAUCUCUCGGUUCGAUGACGAUGCAGCGGGUCGCUUUGACUACGUGGCUGUUAUUCACCUUGUCGGCGCCACGGUUUUGAUCACCGUUGGUAUGAUCUUGUAUAAAACGAACUGCCUGCCGUCUGCGGCCCAUUAUUUGGAGGACCCCAGCUGCAGCAGUGCACUCUGCGGAUGGUUCAGCUGGCUCCCGAUGGUUGCGACCUGUCCCACGCUGAUGACUGGUGGUGCGCAGGACAUUGUCGUCACUUGUGUGGACUGGAUUGGUGCCAUCAUACUCUAUGUGCCCUUGGUGGAGGAACCUCUCUCACUGAUGGCCGCUUAUGUUGCGUAUGGGAGCCUUGCGUGGGCGAGAGUUGUACAGCUACACCUUUCAGAGGUGGACAGUCGAAUCAGUGUCACACCCUACUUUUGCCGGCUAAUUGCUGUCGUAGGUCUUACUGCCAUCGCCUUGCAGAUCAGAAUCCGAUAUUUGAGCUUGAAAGGGACGCCACUCACUCCGGAUUGUCUUGAAGCACGCGCCAGGACUCAAUUUGAGGCAGACGAGGUUUUGCUUGAACAGCGCCAGAUGCUGCAGCGCUUUCGGACUACACGUUAUGUACAAUUCGGGCAUGGCAACGGCGUGGCUGCCGACAGGGAACGCGAGGUCUGGAGUCGCAGACGGCUUUACAAAGCUGAGUUGACGGGCCGGCUUCUGUGGGCAAUCCAUUUGCACAGGCAGUCAAUGCUGAGCUCUGAGGUGUUGGACCACAUCCUCACCUUCCUGUACGAGCCGAUCAGACCAGUGGUGAACUGCGUCGGUUUAUUGGCAGACGACGGAACGUCCAUGAUUUCCAGCACUCACGACACAGUCGCUAGCUCGGGAGUCUUAUCCUCACUUUCAUCGCUCUCGUCUGUCGCGGCCCUGCGCAAGGCGUUGUCGGCACGACAGUGGCUCGCUUUUGAGCGGCCUCCGUGCAACACCAAGUCGGAAGCUGCCGAAAGUGAGCAAGCAGGCAGUGGCAACGGCAACGCGCUUGUGCCGUCUCCACUGCGGUUCAUGAAGUACUUCAGGGUUCGGAAGACUUAG